CUUCAGUGCAUGAACACACACUUUUCAGAGCUCCAAACACCAAUAUUUUAUUAAACAAUUUUCACAAGAAAAAACAGAACAUCGCCGAACAUCUUUGCACAGAACCCCCCCUCUGUAACUAAAAUGGAUGUCAGGGAAGAACAUGACAGGAUUGUGGAGCAGACAGACAGGGAAGGAUUUUUGUCCACCCUUGAGGAUAUUGUGCUCGAGCUGUUGGGGCCUGCUGUGGAGACCACCAAACCAGAAAAUCCUCCACCUCAACCUCAACCUCUACCCCCACCUCCACCUUCUUUCCCUGCUGGGCCACCUCAGCCAGCAGCAAACAGUCUGGCUGGAGGAUUUGGUGGUUGGACCCUCCAGGGAGCAGGUCCCCCCAUAAUUGUGCAGCAAGUUCCCUCAAUGGCUGCUCCCUUCACCACGGUGCCAGCUCACCUAAACAGUCAGCCAGUGACAGUCAGCCAGGGACAGAACCUGCUGUAUCAGUGGCCUGUAAACAGCGUCCUCACAGAAGCCACAGCAGCUGCUGUUCCUCUUGCUGCUCCUUCAAAUCCAGGUAACAGUGUCCUCAAGAUCCCCGAAUGCAUGACCCGGUACCUGCGUCCUAUCGGAGAACUGAACGGUAUGAUGGUGUGCGACUUUGCCACUUCUCCUCUUCCACUCAACAAACCCGCUUCAAAGAAGAGGAAGCGUCAUGAGCAGGAGGAGGGUGAGGAUCGGCUUUAUGUCAAGAAGCCACCCAAUGCCUUCAUGGUUUAUUUGGAGGAGCAAAGGCCAAAGGUCAAGGCUGAACUGACCAACAGCGGGAGUGCAGCUGUCAAUGCUGUCGUGGCACAGAGGUGGAAGUCGCUGUCACGGGACCAGCAGGAAAAAUAUUAUAAGCGGGCUGAGGAGGAAAGGAUUCUCCAUGCCCAAAAACAUCCGGGGUGGUCCAGCAGAGACAACUAUGGCAAAAAGAAGAGGACAGUCCAAAGUUCCACCCGCAGCACAGCAUCUGCACUGAAAUCUGUGCAGGAGGCUCAACAGGCCAAGAGGGCAAGUGCCAAUGUGCCUGUGUAUGGCACAUUCCACUUGCCACACACAAAAAGUCAGGACCUCCCGGCUUCUCAGGCUUCCUUCCUGCCACACCAGCUCGGGAGCAUUUCCUCCCUCACUCAGACUCCUGCUCUGGGUAUGAGAGCAGCCCCUCCAUCCACAUCAUUGGCUGCCUUUGCUGGACCCACUGAACCCCAAAGUGAGGCAAUCUUCUUGGGCAACACAGGAGAAGAACUAUUGUCCCACCUUGAAAACCUUCCUUCCACACAGCCUCAGGAGCCUUUCGUUCAUCAUUCGGACUCCUGCACUGGCCGUGAGAUAAGCGCUGAUACUGCUGUGGAUGCCCCUCCGUCCACAUUAGUGUGGACGGAGGGGCAUCCGUCCACAUUAGUGUGCACUCCAGCUGCAUCAGUCAAACCCACGGCCACCGUCUUCAGCAACUCUGUAGAAGAAAGGCUGUUAUCAUUUCUUAACAACUUCCCUUAUUAACUUUUAGUAGUUUAUAGUUAGGGCUGGAUCAGGUGACCCUGAGCCACCCCGUCUUUUGUUUUUUCUCUCCCCUCAACCCAACCGGUCGCAGCAGAAUUGAAUUAAAUUGAAUUAAGUUUUUAUUAACCAUUUAGUAGUUAAGUUUCCUUUAACUUUUUUUGGCCACAGUGGCUUUAUUGACAGCAGAGAGUGACAGGAAAGUGGGAGGAGAGAUGGGGGACGACAUGCGGUAAUGAGCAACAGGUCGGGGCUCGGACCUGAAAGAAACUAGUCCAUUCCAUAGGCAACAUCCUUGUCUUUUUUGCCCGUACCGGCUCACUUGCCAGGGUGGACUAGACCAAUAAAUACACUCUCAAAAACACAAACAAAAUAAAUCUCCAAAAACAAUUCUCCACGGAAAGAGCAGCUAGUGGCUCACAGAUGCGCUGUGGUGAGACAAAUUUACACUAUUAAAGGUUUUAUUAAAAAAGACAUUUAAAAACAAUUCUAAAGCAGCCAGGUGGCCAAGGUGGAAUUGCCUGGGACAGGAUCUCGACUGUGUCGUACGUGGCUGAUAGUGUCAUAAGCUGCCGCCUCUGUUCAGUAAUGGUUGAUCCAGGUGGAUCCACUCUCAAACACUCUUGUCUAUACUUGUAUCCCCAGAAGUGCUCCUUGUCCUUUUAAGUGCAGCUGAGCCUUGUCCCGACGAGCUGGCUCUCCUACAUAAAGAUCCGAGCGCUCCUCACUGCACUGCACAGCAUGCAUGAAAAUGUUCAGCUUGUGUUUGGAUGUAUUGUCCUUGGGAUGAACCAGUUUUUACCUCAGGUUGUUUCUGGGCAUGAAGUGCACUGUGAUGUCAUGCUUGGAGAAAAUUCUUCCGAGUUUGUCUGACAAACCUCCCACACCUGUCAUCUCUUUUGCUCUCUAUUUCGUUUACAUUUGUAUUUUUAUUGUGUGUAUUUUGCUGUGUAUAUCUGCAUGUCUAUGUAUUCCCUGCUGAUUGCAUACCCAGGACAACCUUGUAAGGGAAA